UUAUGUUCACCUUGAUUAUGUUGAUAUUGGACCGGUUGUUUCAUAAUUCAUUAUUCUAUAUAUAAAAGUAAGUAAUGUUUAAACGUUUGAUACAAACAGGAAAUAAUUGUGUUCGGGUUAAUAUUUCCCGUAGAAUUCUCCAGAACUCUUACUUUCACUUUGACGACAUGAAGACAUUUGGAAAAAUCGUAACCGACGUGAAUCUGUCUGAGGCAGUUUCUGACGAUGUGAUAGAAAAAAUUAAGAAGGAUGUACACGAACAUGUUUUGUUGAUAUUCAAAAACCAAGGUAUUGUGAGUGGGGAGAGACAUGUGGAGAUCAGCAAGUGGUUUGGUGACUUGGAAUCUACUUUUUAUAAACAUCCCAGAUCACCACAUCCCGAUGUAUUCCGUGUGUCAAAUAAUGAAGAGGAGGGGUGUACAAAUGUGGGACGCACUGGGUGGCAUAUAGAUGGCAGUUUUAUGACUGAACCUUUUAAGUUUUCCCUAUAUCACAUGGUCGCUGUACCUAAAAGUGGUGACACAGCUUUUGUGCCAUUGACAAAAUUGAUUGAGAGUCUUCAGCCAGAUGUUAGAGCCAGAUGGGAGAGAUUAUAUAUGGUCAGCGAUCGACGUCUGAAACUUAUACACCCCUUGAUAUAUUCACAUCCUGUCACCAAAAAGCCAACUCUCUGCUUUCACUUGGGAAUGACAGAUGCAUUUGCUUGGGAUGCUGGAACAGAUAAGGAAAGAAUAACUGAAUGGCCAGAAACAAAACACAUUUUGACAGAAAUCCAUCAAGAAAUUGAGAAAAAUAAUCGUGAACUUGUUUAUUCACAUAAGUGGGAGCAGGGAGACUUCAUCAUCUCUGACAACCUGGCAGUAGGUCACGAGGCGACACCAGAAACUCAGCUCCCCGUCUCUCAAGUUGGCUUGCGUAUUUUACACCGCACCACCGUAAAAGGAACAGAAAAACCCUCCAAAUCAUAAUCUCAGCUUAUUUUAUUUAUUUUAUUCUUUGAUGACCUGAAACAUUUUUUAUUGAUGUAAAAUUUUAUAAAAAAAAAAAAUAAUACUUUGUAAAACAUGAAUUUUCUAAUUCCCAAGUUUAUGUGCGGGAUCUGAGAAUUUUAGGAUGAGCAAGGUGUUGUAGAUCUAUGUAAAUCAAACUUCUUUUAAUAUUUAUGGGUAUAUGGGCACUAAGCUAAUGAUUUGUGGUUUAAUUUCAUUUGUUUUAAAUAAUGUUACUGGUAGUCUUGCUGGAAUUCAGUCCUUCUCCUGUGAUUGAACAUAUAUAGGUAUAAUGUUUAACAGUAAAUACAUGCAACAUGUAAAUGUAGUGGUUUGUUGGUCUGUCUGCAAUUUCUAUGUACUACAUGUAUUACUCAAACACUUAACAAAAAUGGACUGAAUUCAUACUGGUGACAUUAUUUCAUAAUGCUAUAUAAGUGAACCAUCAAGGAUGAUUACUAGUAGUUAUAUUGUUCAAUGUGGCUGCACAAAGUGCAGUUAUACAGCUUGCAAUUGUUAAUGUCCAACUUUCACCAAACUAAUAAAGUAUUACUAUUUUUUCACUGUAUGGUGCUAAGAUUGAAAAUGUUACGGGUGUAUCUGGUAUAUACAGUGCAAGUAUGAAUUAAUUAGUGGUAUUUGAAGUUAUUCCCAUUAAUAAUGCUUCUUUACCUAGUAUUACUUUUGUUCAUACUGGUAUUACGUCACUGGCCCAUAAUUCCAAUUUCUGCUUUUAAUAAAAUUUCCUUUUGUUGUAAUUGAAUCAUAUUACUAUUUAUAAUACAUUUACUGUUUUGAAAAUUGGUUUUUGUGAUGUAUUGCAGUAAUAAAUGUUAACAGCAACCGCAUUGCUUCACUUGUUUAGUUAAAUAGUUGUAGAAGAGUUUUCAUUUUACAUGAUAUGUACAUGUACAAUGUCCAUCAGCCCUGUCAAUGUUUAUCGGUAAAUACCGGUAAGUGAUAAUAAGCCAACUCAUUCUGAUUAAUAAAAGUACAUGUAUAAAUGACUGAUGCAUGUAUAACAAGACAUCAUGUAGAUGGUGACCAUCACAAAACUCCCCAUUUAUAUGAAUGACAUACAGAUAAAAAACAUUUACCGUAAGUGGACUUUGACAUUAAUCUCUAACUUGGAAAUUUUCCAUUUAACAUAGAACCUUAUUUAAGAGUCGAAUGAAAAUAACCUCCAGACAACUGAUAUCAGACAGACAGAUUGCUAUAGGGUGCCUGAAGAGUGGGGCUUAACUACUGGUAAAGGUGGUCACAGCACCAAUAUACCAGCAUUAAAAGUUGAUAACUACAGUACCUGUUGAAAAACUCACUUUACUGGUCCAAGACCAGGCCAUUGCAUUUACUUCUUUAUUAUCAGAAUAACUGAAUGUAUUUAAAACACAAUCUAGUGUUUUUGCACAUUGUCGUGUGCAAAACUAAAAUAUAUGAAAUGUAAAAUAAACAGAUUAUACAGGGUUAUUUUCGCCCCAUGUAAUUUUCACCCUUCUACAUUUGGAAAGAGUUUUCAAUUCGCCCAGAUACAGUUGUGUUUAAAGAGGAAUUAUCUGAGACAUCUUAAAAUUUAACCGCCGACAAUGAGGGCAAAAAGGGCGAAAUUUUCCUUGUAUAGAGUAAUUAGAAUUGUCAUUACUUUCUGCUUCUGUUACUUUGACCUACAAUGUACAUGGUAGCUGCAGGACUGUA